AUGCGUGCUCAAAUCGUCGAUCUCACGUGCAAGCUGGGCGAAUCAAACAAGCAGCGCGCACUUCUGGAAGCGUCCUUUGGCAGGACGGCAACGCUCCCGGCGCUGUACGUCGCUCAAAGUCAGGAUUUCAUGUGCGCUCACGCUAUCGAUGCCGCGUGCUUGCUGGUCGAUGCCGUCUUGCCCUCCCAGAGCGGUGGCGGGCCAGGGCAAUGCAAGGGCACAGCAGAGGCGAGUCCAGCGUGGAGUCCGACUCUGCAGAGCACAACCACCGAAAGCCUUCAGAGGAUAGUGAAGGAUCAGUCGGACCGACUAAAGGAGGCGCACCACGCACUGAAGCGAUUGACGAAUGAGCUGCAGCAGCGCACCGCAGCUUUGCACCAGCAGGAUGCGACCCUCGCCGAUCUGAAGCGCCGCCUCGUCGAGUUGGAGGCAUGCAACACAUCGCUCAAGCAGCAGCUUAUGAACGUGCCGAACACUGAAGAGUGGAAGCAUGCGCAGGAGGAAUUGGACCAGCAACUCGCGCGGACGCGGCUGGAGUAUGAGAGUCGAGAAAGUCAGCUUGUUCUGCAGCACAGCACCGAGGUGCAGGCUCUGAAGGCAUUACAUGAGCGGGAGGUGCAAGAGAUGCAACGAGAGCAGCGCGAUGCUGUUGCACAGGCGGUCCAAAAUGCACUGGCUAGCAGCUCACCGACACUCGUGCGUGGCGGUGCGCAUCCGCCCGGGAUACGUGACGGUGCCGCAGAUGGCCCCCACCCCUGCAAGACCGACGAUGACGCCUACUUGGACCUGCUGAACGAUUACCAAGCGAUGGAGAUGCAGUGCGCCGCCGCCACGCAGGAGCGAGACGCCGUGGCGGCUGAGCAGCAGAUGCUGUUGCGCGAGCUUCAAGAGCUUCUGCAAACCGCAGGAGGGCCGCUUUCAGCCUCAGCCGCAAACGGUAUCUCCACCACCGCCGCAACGACCGCAGACGGGUCCCAACCCACUGCUGGGCGGGACUCGUUUACCCACACCGCCGAUCUCAAAGAGGCUGUGCGCCGGAUCCACGAGCAGCGGCUCACAUUCGUCAAGCUUCAAGAGGAGCUUAUGCACUCUCGCCGCGAAGUGACGCAGCUGCGGCGCUUCAAAGCUGGGCUGCCAGAGGACGGCCUCAGCGCGCAGCAGCUGCAGUACGUGCGCUCCGUCGUGGUGCAACUUCUCUGCUCGCUGAACGAUAUCCGCGUGGCGCGGCACCUGCUACCCGUGCUGAGCAUGCUGCUAAAGUUCACAGAUGACGACCUACAGGCGAUCACGAAGGCGAUGCUACAAUGA